AUGGCUGCCCACGAGUCUCUCCAGAAGGAAACCUCUGCUAACGAGACCCUGAGAUGGAUGGAUGGCAGGCACCUCAAUGGCACCUUCCUCCCGUACUACCAGCACUCUCCAGCAGUGGCAGCUGUCUUCAUUGUCGCUUACCUCUGCAUCUUCCUCUCGUGCAUGGCUGGGAACUCCCUGGUGUGCCUGGUGGUGGUGAGGAACCAGCGCAUGCACACGGUCACCAACCUCUUCAUCCUGAACCUGGCCAUCAGUGACCUGCUGGUGGGCAUCUUCUGUGUGCCAACCACCCUCCUGGACAACCUGAUCACAGGCUGGCCCUUCAACCAGGUCGUCUGCACCAUGAGUGGCCUUGUCCAAGGAUCGUCUGUCUCGGCCUCCGUUUUCACACUCGUGGCCAUCGCCAUGGACAGGUGA